AUCGCCUCCAUUUCUGACACUUACCAGUGCAUCAUUGGACUCAAAACUUCUUCAAUUGACUCUCAUUAGAGAGAGAAACAAUACCAAUAAACCAGACUAAUAGAGAGAGAAAGGAGAGAAAAAUGGGAUAAAAUUGGUGAAAAAUGUAGCUGGGUUUCGAGCUAACGCAGCUGCUAAUCUUUUGCUUGGUAACUCUGCCCAAUGUAUUUGUUGGCAAGUAAUGUAUGAAACUUUUGAAACGAUAUUGAUUUCUUUGGUAGUGUAAGGACUAAUCAAUCCCCUCUAUUCUGGCCUGGGAAAAUCUUCAUUACUGGUGUGGAGACCAGUCUCUAGCGAGGUCGAAACCCGCUGCUUGGCUGCUUGUUGCAGCAGCCAUGGCAACCUUAUUACACUCGGAGUCGAGGCGGUUGUAUUCUUGGUGGUGGGAUAGCCAUGUUAGCCCCAAGAAUUCUAAAUGGCUUCAGGAAAAUCUCAAAGACAUGGAUGCUAAAGUAAAAGCAAUGAUUAAGCUCAUUGAAGAGGAUGCUGAUUCAUUUGCUAGAAGGGCUGAGAUGUACUAUAAAAAACGACCUGAGCUUAUGAAAUUGGUCGAAGAAUUCUACAGAGCUUACCGUGCAUUGGCUGAAAGAUAUAAUCAUGCCACUGGAGAGCUCCGCUAUGCUCAUCGAACAAUGGCACAAGCAUUUCCUGACCAAGUACCUUUUGCACUUACUGAUGAUGCAGCCUCUGGUUCUGAGCCUGAUACACCUGAAACACCGCAUCAAGUUCGUUCAUUUUUCGAUCCUGAUCAUUCUCAGGGCCACUCUUCUUCCAGUUCACAAGGCAGUGGAAUUAGCAGGAAGGGUCUGAAACAGCUUCAUGAUAUGUUUCGCUUAGCUGAAGUUGGGCCUGAAGAGUCAAGUUCUGUAGAUGGCAGGUUCGAAGGUAAUGGUGGAAUGAGCGAGAAAAAUUCGGGAGGUUUAUUGUCUCAGCUAUCAAAGGAGAAUCAGAAAUUAAAGGCUCAGGUUCUUAAUGAAUCUGAGCGAGCUAGUAAGGCUGAAAGGGAACUGGAAACCUUAAAGCGGUCCCUUGCUGAGCUUGAAGCUGAAAAAGAUGCCAUUUUCCUUCAUUUCCAGCAGACUUUGGAUAAGCUAUCUAAUCUGGAAAAAGACCUUAAUCAUGCCCAAAAAGAUUCCAGAUAUAUCGAUGGGCAAGUGUGUGAAGCAAAGAUUGAAAUUCAAGCAUUGAAUGAAGCCCUCAAAAAUAUGGAAGGUGAAAGAGAUGAUAGUCUUCUGCAAUACAGACAAACUUUGGAAAAGUUAGCUGUUGCUGAAAGUUCACUCUCUCAAGCUCUGGACAAUUCAAAAGGAUUGAGCGAUCAGGUUGCUAAUGCAAAACAUGAAUCCCUUUAUUUCAAGGAAGAAGUUGCUAGAUUACAACAUGAUAAAGAAGCUGCUGAGCUUCAGUAUAAAGAGUCUCUAGAAAAGAUAGCGACUUUAGAGAGAACACUUGCAGACGCUCUGGAGGGCUUGAAACAGCUCGGUGAGCAGUCUGAAAAGGCACAGAGUGAUAUAAAACUUUUGAAGGAAGAAAUCGGCAGAGUAAAUGAGGAGAGAGAUGCUGUGGCUCUCCGUUACAAGCAGAGCUUGGAAACAAUCUCUAAACUGCAGCUCGAGUUGAGUGAAGCUCAGACAGAUAAUAUACGACUUAACUCCCAGAUCUUGUUAGGCACUGCAAAACUGAAGGGUGCUGAGGAAAAGUGUGAUCUGCUGGACAAACUGAAUGAAUCUCUACAGUUGGAAGCCCAAAAGUUAGUGCAGAAGAUAGCUGCAGCAGACCAGGAACUUUCGCGAAAGGAAGCCAAGCUGGAAAAGUUGACUGCCAGCUUACAAGAUGAACACUCUCAAUUCGUUCAAGCAGAAGCUACUCUCCGUACUCUUCAGGAUCUCCACUCUCAAUCGCAAGAGAAGCAGAAAGCUCUCACAUUGGAACUCAAAAAUGGGCUCCAAAUGAUGAAAGACCUAGAGAUAUGCAAACAGAAUCUGGAAGUAGAAAUUCGCCAGCUUAAGGAUGAAAACCAAACUCUGCAUGAUGUGAAUUCUUCCUCUUCUAUCUCACAAAAGAAUCUCCAUGAUGAGAUGCUGAGACUAAAGGAGAUCAAAGAGAAACUCGAAGUUGAGGUUAAACUUCAAGCAGAGCAAAGCGAUUCUCUCCAGCUUCAGAUUCAGAUUUUGAAGGAGGAAAUAGAGGGCUUAUACAACAGAUACCAGGCUCUCAUGCAACAAAUGGAGUCUGUAGGUUUGGAUCCAGAAUGCUUUGCAUUGUCGGUUAAGGGCUUGCAAGAUGAAAAUUUGAGGCUUAUGGAGAUAUCUAUGAAGGAUAGAGUUGAUAAAGAAGUUCUUGUCAAAAAAUUGAAAGACAUGGAAGAGCUUCUUAGGAAAAAUGCAAAUCUAGAAACCUCAUUGUGGGAGGUGAAUGCUGAGCUGCAAUCAUCGAAGGAGAAGAGCCAGACACUGCAGGUAUCUUGCCAUGAUCUGAAAGAAGAGAAGUCUGCCCUUGUUGCAGAGAAAGCUGUCAUUCUUUCCCAGUUGCAAACAAUCACUGAAACUAUGCAGGGUCUCAUUGAGAAGAACACACUGCAGCAAGAUUCCCUCUAUGGUGUCAAUGGUGAACUGGAAGGUUUACGUGCUAAAUCAAAGGGCCUGGAAGAGGUUUGCGAUCUACUCAAGAGUGAAAGGUCUAAUCUUCUGGCAGAGAGAAGUAGCCUGGUUUCUCGGUUGGAGAUUGUGGAGCAGAGACUGGAGAAGCUAGAAAUGAGAUUCACAAACUUAGAAGAUAAGUAUUUGGGUCUUGAGAAAGAGAAGCAAUCAACAGUUAGUCAAGUAGAUGAGUUAAGGGUUUCACUUAAUGUUGAAAAGGAAGAACGUGCAUGUCUUGUGUCAACAAGUGAAGCAAGAUUAUCAGGAUUGGAGGGCCACAUCCAUGAUCUGAAGGAAGAAAACAGGUACAGGAAGAAGGAAUUUGAGGAGCAGCUAGAGAAAGCUGUAAAUGCACAGGUUGAAAUUUUCAUCUUGCAGAAAUUUAUCCAAGAUAUGGAAGACAAAAACUAUUCUCUUCUGAUGGAGUGCCAGAGACACAUUGAAGCGGCUGAAUAUUCUGAGAAGCUGAUUACAGAAUUAGAGGGUGAGAACUUGAUUCAAGAAGUGGAAGCUGAGUUUUUGGUGGACAAAAUUGAGAUGUUGAGGAAAGGAAUUCAUCAAGUCCUGAAAGCCCUCGAAAUUGAACACGGCACUGAAGCUGAAGCGGAGCAUAAUUUUGUUCCAUACAUACUUGCAAAUAUUAGAAAAAUUAAACACUCUCUGUCAGAAAGCAAAGAAGAAAAUCAGAAGAUUUUGGUCGAAAAAUCCAUUCUGACAACAAUACUUGGGCAGCUUGAUACUGAAUGUGCAGAGCUUUCAUCCAGAAAGAUUGCCCUCGAGGAGGAAUCUCUAACAUUGACUCAAAAACUUGUGAUGGCUGAAGAUGAGAAACAUCAACUUCUUGAGUGGAGCAGGCAGCUUAGCAUGCAAGUAAACAUGAGCGAAAAAACGGAAGAAGCCUUGAAUGCUAAAGUGGAGGACCUUUAUACGAAGCAAACACAGCUACAAAGUGCAUAUAUUAUGCUUCAAAAGGAUAAUCUGAACACUUUUGAACAAAACAAGUCCCUGCAGGAGGAGCUGUUGCACAUGAAGAAGGAGAAGAACAUUUUAGAAGAGGAUACUUGUCAAGUUCUUGCUGAGGCUCUAGCUUUCAGUUAUCAAUCUUUGAUCUUGAAGAGCUUUGCUACUGAGACAGCUUCGAAAUUGGGCGUAAAUUUUGAAGAGAUAAACACCCUUGGAAUCGCUUACAAGGAUCUUCAAAAUCAAUACAGUAAGUUGGAGGAGAAGCUGCUACAGAAGGAAAUGGAGAAUCUGAGUCUGAAAACAUCAAUGGAUGAGUUGGAAGAUAUGCAACGCGAACUCAGUGCUCAUAAUAAUCAGUUGAGACGUGAAAUUUCUUAUAAAAAGGAGUUGCUGAACCAGAAAGAUAGAGAAUUGUCAGAUGCGGAGCUAAAACUUAAAGCUACGGAGGAAGUAAAUGCGGAAUUAUGUUGUACAGUUCAGUGUCUUGAAAAGGAUUAUGAAAAUUUAGAAGUUACAAGAGCAGUCCUAGAGCAACACAUGGUCAAUUUAUCUGAAAGUAACAAAUAUCAGGAGAGUGAAAUUGUAUGUCUUCGAGAUGCUAAUGGAAACUUAGAGUCUCAAGUAGGCAAAUUACAUGAAGAAAUAGAAGAACACAAAAUUAGAGAAGUGAUCUUGGCUUCAGAGCUUCAUGAAAGAAGCAGUGAAUUUGAACUCUGGGAAGCUGAGGCAGCUUCUUUUUACUUUGAUCUCCAAAUUUCUUCUAUACGUGAAGUUCUGUUCGAGAACAAGGUUCAUGAUCUUAACAGCUUAUGUGAGAGCCUUGAAGAUGUAAGCAAUAGACGAAGUGUGGAGAUUGAGAGCAUGAAACGAAGAGUUAUUUCCCUGGAAAGUGAAACUGAGACUCUUAGAUCCCAGCUGACAACAUGCCUACCACUUAUAGCCUCUCUCAAGAAUAAUAUUUCAUUUCUUGAGAAAAAUCCAAUCUUGCAGUCAAAGUUACAUACUUCUGCCCCUACAUAUAAACAGGAGAUAUUUGAUCAAACAGUGGAAAGUUUGACGUCCUCAACAGGCUUCUCUGAGCUGCAGAAGCUUCAGGACAGAAUUAAGGUGAUAGAAGACAUCUUGCACAAAGAGAAGGAACUGGCGGCAGUGCAGAAACAAUCACACACAGAACUCAGAAUUGAUGCUGCAUUGAAAGAGAUAGAAGAGCUGAAAUCAAGAAUGGACACUCACCACCAAGAGGAGCAUAUGCACAGUGACCAGAUCCAUGUUUCUGAAUCUGCUGAAGUCAAAAAUGGGGAAGAAAUGAAGGAUAUACCCCUUGACCAAGCUUCAGGGCGUUCAUUCCACGGCACGAGUCAGAGAGGCAGUGCUGCUUCAGAUGAUCAAAUGCUUGAACUAUGGGAAGCAGCAGAGCAGGACUGCUGCCAGGAUCAAUUGAUAAGUGAGGUGCUAGAACAAGGAACUGGUAUCGUAGACAAUGAAAUUGCAGACCAAAGUGGUUUGAAUCCAACUCCAGAAUCCCAAUAUGAGAAAGAGUUAGGAGUUGAUAGACUAGAAUUGUCAACAAGAAGUACUCAUUCAACUAGAAAAGGGACCAAGAAAAACGUAUUGGAGAAACUUGCUUCUGAUGCAGAAAAGUUAAUAAGUUUACAGGUUUCGGUCCAAGAACUGAGGACAAAAGUGGAGCCAAAGAAGAGGAAAAAAGGUGAAAAGGCCGAAUAUGAUACUUUCCGAGGACAGUUACAGGACAUGGAGAAUUCCAUAGUCCAAUUAAUAGGUAUGAAUGCUGAAUUGAUCAGGGGCAUUGAGGAAAGCUCCAUAACUUCAGAACUGAGGGUCGAGAGAGUGUCUGAUGAAGUUGAGAGUACAUGGAAAAAGAAAGUGACAGAGCAAGUACGGAAAGAGGCAGAACAGAUUGGGAGAUUGGAGGUCGAGAUGCAAAGAAUGCAGUAUGUUUUGCUGAGGCUGAAGGAUGACAAGAAGAGCAAAGGCAAAGAGGAUAAUUCUACAAGCAGUGCAUCUGUUUUGCUGAGGGAGUUUUUUUACAGUCGUGUACGAAAGAGUAAAAAGCCUAAGAAGCCCCGUUUUUGUGGCUGCUUGAGACCUACAGCUACCAAAAACUGAAGUAACCCAUAAACCAUAUCCUGUUCAGAUUAGUCGCUUCCCCCUCUGUUUUUGCAGGGACUUUUUUCUGCAGAUUCUAGGCUUAUUGAGUCAAAUUAUACCCUGAUCUAAUUGUAUUAAAUUCUGAACAACUCUGAUUCGUAGCAUAAGAUUGAAUAAUUCAAUCAGGUUAUCUUGUAGCAGUUUGAACUUUUCCCAGAUGUAUGACUAUUGUGUUUCUUCA